UUUUCUUUUCAGCUUUGACUUGCUUAUUCUUCUCUAAGAGCUGGAUAUCUCGGAGUUGGCGUUCUACUUUCAUUCAUAUUGUCUUUACGAUAAAGAAAAAAACUAUAAAAUCGGGAUACUUCCUCGUUAAUAUCGAAUAUUAUAAUAGAGACAACCAGAAAGUUUUUACAUUCAAUCAGAUCCAGGGCCCAACAUUUCCAAUAUCUCACAAUCCUCCCUCCCUAUCCAUCCACCAAGAUGUUCUUCAGCACCAUUCUUGCAGCUGCCUCCAUUUCAGGCCUCGCUGCCGCUCCUCCCUUCCCUAGUGAAGACGUCGCUGCGGUAUCCAGAGCCCUCAAGACGUACAUCAGCUAUGGCCCGAACUACCAACCGAACAGGACCGAGCCAGCCGGUGCCCGCAUUCUUCAGGCAGGAGAAACUGUAACAUCCAGCGUUGCUGUUACAAGUAUCAAUGACAAUGAUGGAAUUGGCGCUGGAACUGACUCGUAUACUAUGUACUGGGGAGAUGGCUCUGCCAACGAUGGAUGGCCCACGACUGAUAAGUGGGUUUCCUUCGUGGACAUGUUCAACAACAACAAAGUCGCCAUGCGCACCUCCUGCGAGGGAAUCACAGACCACAACGGAAACAGCGUUUCCAAUGACAGCGAGGACGAAAUCGGCAAGAUCUGGGACGCCAUCGAGCAAGUCGCUCAGGAGACCUAUGUCGACCACCGUUUCAUCCUGGCUACUAUCAUGCAGGAAUCCGGUGGAUGUGUCCGCGUAUCGACUACGAACUAUGGAGUUCGCAACCCGGGUCUUAUGCAGGAUCAUGACGGCGACGCUACUUGCAAUUCUGAUAUUUCCCCAUACACGGUUCAGACACCCUGUCCUCCGGAUGUGAUCACUCAGAUGGUUCGUGAUGGAACUGCUGGAACCGCCAGCGGAGAUGGUCUCGCCAACUGCAUCAACGAGAGCGGCGCAUCCGACGCCUCUGCUUUCUACAAGGCCGCUCGUAUCUACAACUCCGGCUCCAUCGCCUCAUCGGGAAACCUCCAGGACGGCAUCGCUACCCACUGCUACUCUUCUGACAUUGCGAACCGUCUCACUGGAUGGGUCCUGGCUGCUCAUGGCUGUACUCUGGAUGACUAGAUCCUUCAUCCUUCUUGGGAAAAAGGAAAUGCCGACGACGAUUCAGAUCUUAACCAAGCCCUCUGGAUCCAACACCAAAAUAGUACAUGCCUUUAUUUUUCUUUUUCUCCUGUCUAUAUUGUCUGACUUGUUUGCUUUGCUUUGCUUUCAUUCACACAUGCACAUGCUCUUAUUCGUACAUAUUUCUAUAUAUAUUUUGGUAUGACCUAUACACACACACUCGCUCUUUUUAUAUAGCAACUGAGGGGGGAAUUAGAAUGGCAAGGAGGAAAGUGUGGUUUAGGGCUCAACGCCACAUCACAGAGAAAAAUAUGAUCUCUUGAAAUGCUUUUUUAUAUUGCUCUG